CCUCGCCCUCGCCCGACUCCGCUUCCCCCUCCCGUCCAAGUCGAACCACUCAAACGCUCUCGGCUGCAAUGCGGUUCCUCGGCGUCGUCCUCGCGCUCGGCCUCCUCGUCGGCGGCCUCCGCGCGCAGCCGUUCGACUACCCGUCGGCCAGGCCCUCCACGUCCUGGGCCAACACGGACGCCUCCCUCACGCACCACGUCACCUACAGCGACGGCUCCGUGGCGCGCGCCGCGCUGCUGCGCCUCAACCCGGCUGGCUUCGGCCCCUCCUUCGCCUUCGGCUUCUUCUGCACCAACCACCGCGCCGCGCCGUGCACCGACUUCCUCCUCGGCGUCGCGGUCGUGUACUGCAACAGCGGCGCGCUCAUGACGUCCGUCGUAACGGGCAUACCGCAAGUGGUCUGGUCGGCCAACCGCCGCAAUCCCGUCGGGGAAGGCGCCACCGUGCAGUUCACCGCGGGGGGCGACCUGGUGCUCAAGGCAGCCAACGGCAAGGUCGUAUGGUCGGCGAGCACCGCGGGCCGGUCCGUCGCCGGCAUGAGCAUAAACAGCGAUGGCAACCUGGUGCUGUUCGACGGGAGCAAAAGGCAGGUCUGGCAGUCGUUCGACCACCCCACCGACACGCUGCUCGUCGGGCAGUCGUUGAAGCAGGGAGCGCGGCUCGCCGCCAACUCUUCCGCCGUGAACUGGAACGAGAGCCGGCUCUACCUCACCGUCGCCGACGACAGCUUAAGCGCCUACGUCAGCGCCAAGCCCCCGCAACGCUACUACCAGCUUGGCUUCAGCAAGACCACCGGAGCCUACGCGACGUACAACAACGGCAGCCUCACGGUGUUCGCACGGCCCGGUUCGCCGCUGACCACCAUCCAGCUGCCCACCGUCGGCGCCAAGACGGUGCAGUACAUGCGCCUGGAGUACGACGGCCACCUCCGACUGUACGAGUGGCAGCCAGCGGGGUGGGCGCCGGUGUUCGAGGUGCUGCGCCUCUUCCCAGACGACUGCGCGUACCCGACGGUGUGCGGCGCCUACGGCGUGUGCACGGAAAUGCAGUGCAGCUGCCCGGACGCGACCAACUUCCGGCCGGUGGACUUCCGGAGGCCCAACCGCGGAUGCGUCCCGGCGGCGGCGCCGAUCCCGUGUGGCGCCCCGCGGCGCACGCACCGGCUGGUGUCGCUGCAGGGCAUAGCGUACUUCAACGAUUACGCCACCAGCAUGAAGACGCUGCAGAGGGUGAGCGAGGACGCGUGCAAGAAGGCGUGCUUGGACGACUGCGCGUGCAUGGCGGCGCAGUUCGUCUACGGGGCCAACGCCAGGGACGGGUUCUGCCUCUUGCAGUCGGAGGUGUUCUCGCUGGAGACGUCGCUGCCGGAGGUGGUGCACUACAACUCCACCAUGCAUCUCAAGGUGCAGGCCAAAGGAGCCACAUUUUGAGCACUACAGUCUGCUUCCCACACGCCAAGAUCCUUGAAAAUGACAUGAAUAAUCAAAAUACUUGUGAGUUGUGAUUAUGUUUCAAUCCAAUACUUGUGAGUUGUGACUGCACUGUAAUAAAGUCGCCUUUCUUUUUCUUAA